AGAAAAAUCAUUGAGCACAUGUCGCGUGAUAGCGGCGGCUUCGAGCCUCACCAUACAUCUGUUGGUAUCAACACAACAAACCAAACACGAUACUAAAUCAGUACAGCCACCGUGUCGUGACGGACUGGCCGUAUAUACGAAUUACUUGAAAAUGACAAAUUCUUAAAAAUAAAAACAAAGUCUAAAUCAAUUCGAAAUUAUUUUUUUGUUUAAUUUUGGCCAGUGUUGAUUUAAAAAUGUUUACGAAAACCGAAAACAUGGGUAUAGACAAUAAGAGUUAUGUGAAAUCUGAGGAUGUAGAGAUGAACAACAAGGGUCAUGUCAGCAAGUCGGUCGACAAGUUCAGCUAUGAAGAGGCUUUGGAUUUAACAGGUCACGGGCGGUACAACUACGGCCUGUUGUUUGCUUGCUUCAUGAUCAUCAUAGCGAUGGGCAUCGAUAUCUUCGGGCUGGGCAUCAUCGCCACCGCCGCGACAUGCGACCUGCAGAUGACCAUCAAGGAGAUCGGCAUAUUGUCCUCUAUGCCUUUCGCAGGUAUAAUAGUGAUGUCGUACCCGUGGGGCUACCUGUCAGAUACGCGCGGGCGUAAGCUGGUGCUCAUGUACGCGAUGUGUGGCAGCUUCGUGAGUGCCGCGCUCAGUAGUCUGGCGCCCAGCUGGCAGGUGCUCGCCGCGUUGCGGUUCAUCAGCGCGGCAAUGUCGAGCGCGGCGGAGUCAGCGACGUACGCGCUGCUGGGCGAGUGCUGCAACUCGCGGUCUCGCGCACGUUACAUGCUGCUCAUGACUAGCGCUCUUAUGCUCACGCCCACACUAUACUAUAUAUGGGGCUACUUCAUCACCAAGUUGGACUUCUCUAUCCCACUGCUGGGCAUAGUCUACCGUCCUUGGAGGCUGCUGACCCUGGUGAUGGCCCUGCCUCUGGGCAUCGGUGCUCUCCUGCUAUACUUCUUCAGCGAGAGCCCCAAAUUCCUGGCAAACGUAGGUCGCAGCCAGGAGGCUGUUGACGCGCUGAAGAGGAUAUACGUAGGCAAUGGCGGCAAACCAGAAAAUUUCCCAGUGAAGGAGAUCUACCUGGAGGAGGGCAGCAGGGAAGCAGUGCCAGAGUUCUCGCUGCACUCGCUGUGGGCGCAGAUCGCGCCUCUCUUCCAACCGCCGCUGUUAUGGCGGACCUUGCUCCUCUAUUAUCUCACAUUCGUCAUUUACAUCGCGAACAACAGUUUCGCGAUCAUCUUGCCGACGAUACUGAACGUAUUCUUCACCUCAUACGCGAGCAGUAGCGCGGGCGCAGGAUUCUGCGACCUCUUCCGCAUGGCCGGUGAUGAUAACACCACAGUGCUCGCAGGACAUGACAGAAUUAGCAUUGCAAAGGAGGGUUCAAAAUGUUCAGGCAGUAUUGAGGAUAACACAAUCUGGGCUGGUUGUGCACAUGGCCUCUCCUUCUUCCUACUCAACGCACUAAUCUCGCAAUGCGCCGGCAGACGGAAGGUGCUGUCAAUCAGCAUCUUGCUGGUGGCGGCUGCGGCGGCCUUCGUCAUUGACAACACGGGCGAGGCCAUCUCGGGACUGAUCUUCUUCUACAUCUUCCUCACCACGGCCAUGGUCUUCGGCGUCGUCUCCUCAUACUUUGUUGACCUUUAUCCUACAUCAUACAGAGGCAUGGUGGCCUGCCUGGGCAUGAUGGUGGCUCGGCUGAGCGCCUUCGCCGGCACCAACCUCAUAAGCAGCAACAUGACUGAACACUGCUCAGUCGCUAUAUACAGCAUCGCGGGGCUCGUUAUCAGUGGCGCUGUAGCCGCAGCGCUGUUGCCAGUCGGCGCCCUCUAGCGGCAUUUAUAC